AUGGUUGAAUAUGAAGCAUAUCUUACGGGCCUAGCGGUGGCUCGUGAAAUGGGUAUCAAACAUCUUCAAGUAAUUGGAGACUCAAAUCUGGUUGUUUGCCAAGCUAGAGGAGAUUUUGCACUCAAAGAACCAUCUUUAGCUCCUUAUAGGGCUAUGGCUCAAAGGUUGGAGGACUCUUUUGAAGAAUUCAAUAUUGAACACUCUUUAAGGUCCGACAAUCGCUUUAGCGAUGCUCUAGCCACCUUGGGAUCAAAAGUCAAAUUUAAAGGUGCAACUACAGAUAUAACUAUUGUGAAGAGGCCUAUCCCAGUCGUACAAAUGCUAAAUGAAGAGUUCUUUGAUCAACCGCUGGAACAGACAAACUGGCGGUCUUCCCUUAAAAAAGCACUAUUAUUACUGGAUGAGAAGGAUCAUUUGAAGGUGCUCAAAGAUUAUGCUCUGAUGGCAGGAGGGUUGUACAAAAAAAUUCCUAAAGGAUUUCUAGCUAGAUGCUUGAGCCCUAGUGAGUCCAUUAAGCGAUUAAAAGAAGUUCAUGAAAAAUCCUGUAGCUUCAGUGGUUCUGUCAGUCUCUACAAACACCUCCAGCAAUUAGGCUAUUACUAG